GUUCGGCUCACAAUCAAAAAACAUGGGAAUGGUUUUGAAGAAAAAUCAAAAAAUCUCACUUGAUUUCUUCAACUAUUCAAUCCGUUUGCUCAGUAACAGGCCACAAAUAAUGGCUCAGAGACUAAACCUAGGUAAAGAUAAAUAUAUUGAAUACUAUCACAGCCCUGGUAGCUUGCCUGGUGUGAUAUUUUUACCGGGUUUGAUGUCCAACAUGAAUGGAACCAAGGCUUUAGCUUUAGAGAAAUUCUGUCAGGCUACUGGGCGAGCUUAUACUAGGUUUGAUCAUCGAGGGAUGGGUUUGUCGAGUGGUAAGCCAGAGGAAUGCACGAUAGGAUCAAGGAAGGAAGAUGUCCUUAGUUUGCUUCAUGUGGUAAAAGGGCCCCAAAUUCUCGUGGGGUCCAGUCUAGGUGGCUGGAUUAUGUUCCUUGUUGCCAUGAAGAUACCACAUAGAAUUCAAGGCUUGGUUGGCAUAGCAACAGCAGUUGAUUUUUUGAGUAGGAGAUUUGACAGCCUACCUGAAGAAACUAAAGAAGAAAUCAAAACUACUGGGGAAUGGCUGUUGCCUACUCCAUAUAGUGAAAACCCAUAUAUUCUAACGUGGGAUAUGAUACAAGAUGCUCGUCGACACGUAUUGGGUGACUCCACACCCGUACACUGCCCAAUCAGAUUGAUUCAUGGCAUGAAAGAUGAAGAGGUUCCUUACAAAGUUUCUCUUGAUGUUGCUAAAGGAGUGCAGAGUAAGGAUGUGAAUGUAAUAUUGGUAAAAGAUGGAUAUCACAGACUCUCAGAACCAAAAAAUAUUCUUCUUAUUACAAGGACAAUUCAAGAACUGGUUCAAGAACUAAGUUUGCCAACAUGAAAGAUAAAAUUUGUCCUACUUGAAACUGGGGCUUAUUAGCAACCUUAUUGAGAUAUCAGGAACAUUGCCAUUCCCCUUAUCCUAGCAAUUUGCUAGUGUCAAAGAAUAGACCACUUUAUAAAUUAGUAGCUUUGUGUAAUGUUUUCCCAUUUCAGGCCACUGAGAGCCUUCAUUAAGUUUUGAAAUAAUAGGGCAUUAUAAUCAACUUCCAAAGAGUCCUGGGGAUCAAGUGAACAUUUUACCAGCUAUUAAUAGUACUAGUGUAAGCUGGAGAAUUUUGCUCAGUUACCAAAGCAUUUUCCGACCCCCGACCCUUAUUGAAAUAAUUAUUGCUUGAAUUGUUUCCAUAUUUAUGUGUUUUCUCAAGCUCAGCGGUUAAACAAAGAAAUGAUACUUUAGAGAAUGGGGAAAACAUUACAGCAAAGCUAAAGUAUUCUUUCAGCUAUCAUACCCAUUCAUGUAAGGGUUAGCAUUGAAGGGGCACUGGGUUUGUUAGUGUUAACAAAAAUGGGGGCUAUAUGACCCCCUAUUUAUCAUUUCCUCCUCAGUGGACCAUGAUAAAAAACAAUAGCGCAGCGCAGCCGUGACGUCAUAAAAACGAAGACAAAGGCGAAAUUUGGACAAACAAUCUUACAAGUUUACUUUCAGCAGAUAAUUUUG